AUGUUUCAAAAUUCGAAACUUCCCGCGUACGCGCACGUCUACACGCGCUUCAGCAUGAACUUAAACCAGCCCCUGGACUUCGCCGCGAAACUGGCGACGUGCGUCGUGCUGUGGGAGAUCCCGCGCGCGCUGUCGAGCGCGAUGGUGCGUAAGACGUACGGCGCGACGACGAGGGAAGAGGAGAAACGCUUCGUCGCGGCGGCGCCGGCGUACGUAAUGUCGACGCUGCACGCGCUCGUCGUCGCCACCGCGGGGCUGAAAAUCGGGUACAUCACGGUGAUGUUGCCGAACGCGAACGAUCGGUACUACUUGCACGCGAAAACCGCGUUCAAGCUGGCGGAUUUGAAAUUUAUCGAGCGGUGGAAUUGGGCAUUCUGCGGGUACAUGUUCGGCGACUUGUUGCACGUCUUAAAGGAGUACCCGCGGCUCGGCAAGAUGGACAUGGUGGUGCAUCACGCGUGUUUCAUCGCGUGUUCGCUGCUCGCCGGCCACUCGCAGACGAUGAUGCUACCGUUUUCGUGGUUGCUGUUGGGCGAGUACUCCACGCCGAUUUUGUGCGCGCGUUGGUUGAUUCAACAGUUGACGUACGAGUUGAAGAGCGACGUCGUCGUGCGAUGGGCGCGCGCGUGUGGAUACACGGGCGACGCCGUGAGCUCAGUGACGAAUGCUGGGAAACAACUGGAAUUUGGCUGCAGCGUCGGGUUCAUGAUCGUCUUCUUUCUCGUUCGCAUCGUGGCGUACACCGGAGGAUUCGCGAGCAUGCUCGCGGCGUGGCGAGGCGGCGUCCUCGACCCGAUCCCGAAAUCCGUCACCAACACCCUAUUCGUCCUCGUCGCGUGCGGGGCGGGAUUAAAUUAUUACUGGUUUUCGAUCAUGGUUCGCAAAGCCCUGCGCGGGCCGCCGAAACCGAAGAAAGAUGAAUAG